GGGAACGAGGUGGCCAGACCUGUGCGACCUGAGGCCAGAGGUCGGACCCCGGCGGCUUCCCACCGGCUGGGGGACCCGCAUCUGCCGGCCUCCCGCCGGCCCCUCCCAGAUGACCCUCACUGGACUCCCAGGUGGUCCUCCAGGUGGAUCUCACCGGCCCCUCCCAGGUGGCCCCUCCCAGGUGGCCCCUCCCAGGUGGCCCCUCCCAGGUGGCCCUCCAGGUGAAUCUCACGAACCCCUCCCAGGUGGAUCUCACCUGCUCCCAGGUGGGCCUGGCUGGGAUGUAGGCUCAGGCCUGUGGACCCAAGGCCCCAGAGGCAGGGGAGGCCAUGCGCCACGCACAGGGGACCCGGACCCUCAGGACUGAGGUGGCUGGGGGCCAGCCUCCCAGCGAUCCCACCUCGCUGCCCAGGGAAGGGGGGCCGCCUCCUCCCCAGGAAGCGAUGGUGCUCCCUGGAGGGGGGACCCGCUCCUGCCCCCACCGCGCCCCGCCUCCCCCCUGCGGCCGACCGCGGCUCUUCCACCCGAUCCUGAAGGUCGGCCCAAGGAUAGGAAGGGGCAGGGAAGGUACACUCGGGGCCAGGUGGAGGGCACCCCAGGAGGAAGGGAAGGCCAGUGGCUGACCUGGGAUCUCCGAGGUUCAGAGGUCGCCGAGCCGGCCCCUGCCCCCACCCCUUCUCUUCCCGCAGCCUGCUAUGGGGGCGGCGUCCCUGCUGCUGUGCGUGUCCGUGGCCCUCCCACUGCUUCUGGGCGCAGAUGAAUGCCAGGACAUUCGUGUGCUAACUGAGGCAUCUUCAGCAAAGCAGCCUUUUGCCUUUAAUUGCACAUCCCCUCUGCUCACUUCUGGGAAAGCACGGGUAACCUGGUACGGACACCCUAGCAAAGUCCCAGUCUCCACCGACUCUCAGGCUAGGAUCCACCAGGAGCAGAGCUGGCUCGUGUUCCUGCCCGUGGCCUGGGGGGACUCGGGGACCUACCGGUGUGUUAUAAAUGAUACAGACGGGUGUCGCCAAGUACAUGUAAACCUAACUGUGUUCGAAAAAUAUGGGUGUGGCAUGUCCAGAAACAGUCAAAUGAAUUUCCCAGAUGGGCACGAACAAAUACUGCAUGUUGGGAAAGAUGACAGCCUGACAUGUCACCUGAAUUUCCCGAAGAGUUGUGUCUUGGAUUCAGUAAAGUGGUAUAAGGACUGUAAAGAGAUUAAAGGAGAGCGUUUCACUUAUUGGAAACUAAAGCUGUCAGUGAACAAUGUUUCGGAGGAAGACAGAGGGAGCUAUGCCUGCAAAGCCAGCCUGACACAUGCAGGGAGGCAGUUCACUGUGUCCCGGAGAAUUGCCGUGAAUGUCACAGAAAAUGUUGGACAUGAAGGAAGAAUCCCUAAAAUAACGUAUCCAACAAACAAUACAAUUGAAGCACAACUUGGCUCCACCCUUACUGUGAACUGCAACAUCACAGACUCGAGGGACAACACCAACCUGCGCAUCUGGAGGGUCGGCAACACUUGGGUGGAUGUGUACUACCAAGAGUCCAAGCGGGUCCAAGAAGGAAACGAAUCUCAGUGCUAUGUGUGGGCGAGCAACUUCAAAGAUUGUCACUCUCCUGCGCCCUCGUUCCAGAUGAGGUGGACGGGAGGCGUGGCCUGCUGGAAUGAGAUCCAUUUCUGUCAGCUGCUACUGAAAACCAGUCUCAUUCCCAGAACCCACGUUGCUUUUAAGGAACAUGCUGUUUACACAGUUGGCAUAACCUUUUUAGAAGUGAAAAUGGAAGAUUACGGCCGUCCCUUCACAUGCUAUGCUGGUGUGUCUGCAGCAUACUUCAUGCUAAAGCCCCCAGGUAAUGUUCCCGUGGGCCAAGUACUGCUCAGAGGGCUCAAAUGGUGGCAAGGACACACACGGAAGACAAGGGGCAUGAAAUGCAGGCAUGUGGCAGCAGGGUGGUGGGACACAGACAAACCCAGCAUGAAGUACAGGGUGAUUCUGAGAAGGCUCUCCAGCGCUGCAACUCCAGCAUGGGGUGUGUGGGGAGUGCCAUGUUAACAUAUUGGAAUGCAUGUGGAGUAACAUGUUAUCAGACGUGGAAUGCGCGGGGAGUGUCAUGUUAACAUAUGUGGAAUGUGUGGGGAGUGCCAUGUUAACAGUGACAUGUUCUCCACCAAAGUUCUGGAAAACAGGUGUUCCUGUACCAAACCUGAUUGCUCAAUGUUUAUAGUCAUGUGCUUGUGAUUUUCAGCCUUUAGGUGGUUUGUUAUAAAUAAUUUGAUAUGAAAAUGAAACGUUUAUGUAUUUUUUUA